GACUUCUGUGGAGAAACUUUAUUCCUAUUUAUCAACACAACAAAUGUUACAUAUACAUAUAUCUAAUUAGAUAUAGAUAUAUAUUAAUUUUCAUAAUAUAAUGGUGACCGGAAAAAUUAAAGGUAUACAAAAAUCACCGAUAAAUCAAUCUCCAUCUGCUUCAAAUAAUAAUAGUAAUGGGAAUGGAAAAGUGCCACAAAAAGGAGCAAUGUUUUCACGGUCAUUUGGUGUGUAUUUUCCAAGAUCAUCAGCACAAGUCCAACCAAAACCCCCGGAUGUCACGGAGCUAUUACAUUUAGUAGAACAAUUACGAGAGAGAGAAUCGCGGUUAAGAACCGAACUCCUUGAGCAGAAACUGCUCAAGGAGUCCGUCGCGAUUCUCCCUGUUCUCGAAAACGAGAUCUCCAAAAAAGAUUCGGAGAUUUCGCGUUCGUGUAAAAAAAUCGAGUGUUUAGAAGCGGAAAAUGAAAGAUUAAGACAAGAAGUUGAAAUGUUGCAUUUGAAAUUAACCGAACAGAGAAAUGAGUUUGAGAAAAGAAUUCAAUUAUUACAAGCUUCUGAGAAUAGUGUGUCGAAUAGGUUUCAGUUUCAACAGUUGAUGGAUAUUUCGGGGAAGUCAAAUAUGAUUAAAAGUUUGAAACGCGGACAUACUUUCGCGAAUGUCGCGAAAAAUAUGAACCAGACGACAUAUGAUAAUAAUAGUAUGUGUUACACGGAAUCAAACUCGAAAGAAUCGAUACUUGUCGAAAUCGACAAUUUACCGAGGCUUUCGAGAUGUGAUUCUUUAGAUAAUUUGGUAACGGAUUCUGUUAUCAGGUCGAGGGUUCCGCGUGUUCCGAAACCGCCGCCGAGGCCGUCCACGUCAUCAUCGGUGUCGUCGUCGUUUUCGUUAUCGUCAUCGUGUUCAUCGAAUGGUUCAUUGAGUAGUUCGGCGGAGAGGGUAAUGGCGGAGCAGCAGCAGCCACCAGCUCCACCGCCGCCGCCACCGAGUCAAACGGCGACGGCGAUCAAAAUGGGACCUCCGCCACCGCCUCCUCCGCCGAGACUGACGGCGGCGCCACCGCCGCCGCCACCACCGCCGGCGAAAGGGUUAAAGCCGUUUCCGGCGAAGGUGAGAAGAGUGCCUGAAGUGGUGGAGUUUUAUCAUUCGUUAAUGCGGAGAGAGUCACGGAGGGAAUGUGGUGGAUCUACGGCGGCGGAUGUGUUGUCGUCGACGGCGAAUACACGGGAUAUGAUCGGAGAAAUAGAGAACCGGUCUACACAUUUGCUAGCUAUAAAGACAGAUGUGGAAACACAAGGUGAUUUCAUAAGAUUUUUGAUAAAAGAAGUUGAGAAUGCAUCAUUUACAGACAUUGAAGAUGUUGUGCCUUUUGUUAAAUGGCUUGAUGAUGAACUCUCUUACCUGGUUGACGAGAGAGCAGUUCUUAAACACUUUGAAUGGCCAGAGCAUAAAGCCGAUGCGUUAAGGGAAGCUGCAUUUGGGUAUUCUGACCUAAAAAAGCUUGAAUCCGAGGUUUCAUCAUUUUGUGAUGAUCCUCGCCAACCUUGUGCACCCGCUCUAAAAAAAAUGCAAGGAUUGUUUGAAAAAUUAGAGCAUGGAGUGUAUAAUUUAUCACGAAUGAGAGAAUCGGCUUCAACACGUUACAAAGUGUUUCAAAUUCCAAUGGAUUGGAUGCAAGAAGCAGGAUUUGUAGCUCAGAUCAAGCUUGCAUCGGUCAAAUUGGCAAUGAAGUACAUGAGACGAGUAUCUGCGGAGCUUGAAACAGUUGGUGGUCCAGAAGAAGAAGAGUUGAUAGUUCAAGGUGUACGAUUUGCAUUUCGCGUACAUCAGUUCGCUGGGGGAUUUGAUGUUGAAACGAUGAGGGCGUUCCAAGAGCUGCGUGAUAAAGUAAAAACGUGCCACGAGCAGUGCCAAAGCCAACAACAGCAGAAAUCGUUGUGUAGGUCGACUGCUUGUUAAAUAUUCUUUAUCUGUAGCAAACUCAGCUUCAGCAUUUGUUACCGAUUGGACUUUUUGCUGUAAAGAAGAGACUCGUCCGUGUGAAUACAAUGACAUUGUAUUUUCAUUUCCGCAUUCAUAUUAUUCAUGUUUCAGUCACAUAACUAUAA